CCAUUAAAAGCCCAUAGGUGUUUAUGAUACAUGAUAGUAUUAUAGACCUGGACUUGGGUAACGUGUUGCAGAAGGUAGAGGAAAAUGAAGAAAGUGCUGAGAGUUUACGGCGGCGUGUUGAGGCUAGUGAGGCUUUUACCGGCAGACACAAGGCCGUAUUACGCUAAGUACGCCAGGGAGAAUUUCGUUAACUACCGUGAAGUCGACCAAAGCGAAACAUCCCUCGACGAACUCUUUCAACGAGCCUAUAAUCACUCACUUUGGGUACUCAAGAAGUACUCAAUUGACGAAUCAGCAGCGACGAAGUUGAAAGAGAUUUGUUUUGAAUAAUAAUGCACACCAAAUGUUCGACGUUAUGUCCCUGAGAGUUUUGGAACAAUUAUGUUUUAAGGCUUGGACAAUUUGUUAAAUGGCUACCAUCAGUUUUCUACUUUUGAUCUCAGUCUAAUCUACUUUUAAUAGCUAUAUCAAGAACUGAGUUUGCUCAUGUGUCUUUGUCUUUCCUUUUUGUUGUCUUGACUUUCUGUGUUUGACUGCUGAAUUGGUCAUUGUCUUGUUUGAGUAAGCUUCUUGUUUGUUUC